CUUGUGGCUUUCUUUAGAGUCAUUCCAUAGGCAAUUAGCCAUAUGUGAAUUAUCAGUUUUUCCCACUUGGAAAACUUAAUGAAAGACAACAUAUAAUUAGGAAUACUAGCUUAACAGGUCUUGACUAACAUAGCUGUAGCAGCUAGAGAGUUUACCUCUCCAUCUUGCAAUUUUCUUAAGAAUCUUAUCUACAAGAGGUUGAAUAUCUUCUGUAGUCAGAUUGUCAUGAUGUAGAGGAACUCCUAGAUAUUUAAGAGGGAAAUAACCUAUAGGGGAAGAAAAAAAUAUGAGCCAUCCUAUGUGCCUCAUUUGGAUCUAGGUUCAUAGGGACUAAUUCACUUUUGUGGAAGUUGAUCGUCAUACCACAUUAAGACACAUUUAAGUUUUUUCAGAGCAGAGUCAUCUGCCUUAGAGAAAAAGGAUAGUGUCAUUAGUAUAUUGUAAUGAUUCUAUACCACCCUUAGUAACCGGGUUACUGGAUCGAUGGGGUCGAGGAACGGGAACGUGGUACACGGUACCGGUACGCUACUAAAACAAGGUUUUAACACUACAGGAACAAGAUUAUUCACAUGUUCUCAGAACGGAUCGACCGUUCUUGGAAUGAUAAACGUGGCCAAGUUCCACGUUCCCGGUUUGCCACCUUCCAUAAAACCUUCCAGGAGCCCUUUCACUAAUCUUUUAUUUACAACUUUAUCCAUUAUCCUACAUUGCUUUACAUAGCUUGGGUGGUCAACAAUGCUCUUCCAGUCUUCCUUUUAUAUAUUCCUGUGCUUGUUCAGCUACAAAUCGUCGGUGAGCCUUGCUAGUCAGCUCAUGCUCGCCUCUGGCCGCACUGUUCCUUCUUACUUCUUUGGUGGAAGAAGGUGCAGUUGCAAUUGUAUAUUUGUAUAUGUAUAGUUUGUUUCUUAGGCAUAUAUCUGUAUGAUCUCACAGGUGUGUGAAGUUGCUUAUAUGUGGGCUCAAUGUAAACUCUAUUGGACCAUCAAGUUUUGCUCAGUUGUUAAUGUCCAGAAAGAAAAUUAAGCACAUCAGUAACCCACAUAUCAAAUAACCUAGGUCUAGAAAAUUUCGAGUCUUCCCUGUUCACACUGAUGAAUUCCCAGAUUGUUCUUAAGUGAUGUUUUAUUUAAUGCCUUGUACUUAUUGGUAUAAAUUUCUGUAGUAGUACAGUCCUAUGUAUGUUGUCAUGGAGGUGGGCUGGGUUGCAACUACCUUACAUGGCAGCCACCUAGUUUCUCCAUGGUGCACGUGCACCUAGGUUUUCAGUUUUCACCAUACUGCUGCAUUCACCCCUGUUUUCAAGUGUGUUAUUAAGCUAACUUUGAGCUAAAUUUGUAUAAUGUGCAUGCUACGGUUAGUAGCACAUUAUAGCAAAUGCAUGUAAUUCAUGAAGACCUAUGAAGAUUUUACACUUAAGAGAGCAGUAGCAGAACCUGAAAUACAAGGUCAUUUUAGAGCAGGAUUACGUAUAGUUUAGGUUUCUUGGUCAAUAAGUCAAUAUCUUAAAUUUAUGACCUUAGGAGAUUGUAAGUAGUAUUAUCUUUAAAUGGGAAAUUAGAUAAUGUGCUUCUAUGAACAGUGGUGUCUAAUAACCACUUAGGUUUCAGAAGUGGUAUAGGUACAAACCAUUUACUAACAAUUAUUGGGAGCUCAGCAUCUUAACACCAAUAGAAGCUAAUCAACCUGCAGAUAAUGCUAGUCUAGUAAUUUGGUUACACGUUCAUGGUUAAUUGUUAAAACUUGAUGAUUGGUAAAAAGAAUUAUGUAUACCAUUUCUCCUUAAAUUUAUCUAGAGUAUUGAGUCUUUCUCUAUCAAAAUUCAAAACUUAGUUUUGUUCUGGUUUAUGGUUUGUCCUUAUCCUAAACACUCCUCUCUGGCUAUGCUGUUUGGCCUCAUUUGGAUGGUGUUUUACCCUCAACGAAGGAUUUGCCACCAAACUAGGCAUCACUUCAAUUGGACCCUGAUGGUCCACAUUUUUAGGCGAUUAUGGCACUGUAUGAAUUGAUUAAACAUAAGUCCAUACUUCAUAGUACAUUGAGAAAGUCAGCUGGAGGCAAUAGUAUGUGAAGUGAUACUAACAAAUUCUGCAUCUGACUAUAGAUUUUGUUUGUUAGUUCUGGUUCUAUUUUACAGUUACUUGGUAUACCAGUGUACUGAAUACACAAAACAGACAGUUCCCUGGAUGAAAUGAUCUUCAAUCUGGAUGGAAUAUAUGGUUGCCAUUGAUAUAAACUUGGUUAAACUGCAAGCUCAUAAUACCACGGCUCAUGGAAAGGUGUACAAGAAUGCCUUCCACUGCACCAGUAGGAUACUGCUUGACGAAGGAAUUACAGGGCUGUACAAAGGUGCGUCAUCUUCAUUUAUUGGUAUAGCUGUUGAAAGCUCCCUUUUCUUUGGCACAUAUUCCCAAGCCAAACAGUUAUUACAGGGAAGCUAUGAGGUUGGUAGGCCACAUCUUCAGGUAAUUAUCCCUUCUGCUGCAUGCAGUGGAGCUCUGAUUAGCUGCAUCCUCACUCCAACUGAGCUGACCAAGUGCAGAAUGCAAGUUCAAGGGAAGGAUGUAAUCCAUGGCGCCAGGUACUCCAGCCCUCUAGAUUGUGCUGUGAAAACAUUGGAAAGUGAAGGGGUUAAGGGUAUAUUCCGUGGUGGUUUGGCAACAUUAUUCAGAGAGGCGAUCGGCAAUGCUGUCUUCUUCUGCACUUAUGAGUACAGUCGAUACUGGAUGCACAACUAUUUGGAUUCCUCGAGAUUUUCUGGUAGCAGUCAUUUCGUGGCGGCAAAAGAUAUUGGGAUAGGGGUUGUAAGUGGUGGCGUUAGUGGAAUGGCAUUCUGGACAGCUACCCUACCGUUGGAUGUGGCAAAAACCAUAAUACAGACUGAUCCGGACCCUCAUGUGAGCCGAAACCCCUUGCAGAUUUUGAGCAUGGUUUAUAAGAGAGCUGGGUUGGGUGGCUGUUAUGCUGGACUUGGACCAACUCUAGCAAGAGCAUUCCCUGCCAAUGCAGCAGCAAUUGUUGCUUGGGAGUACAGCGCUAAGAUUCUCGGUAUAAAGCGAGGCUAGUAUUACGGUACUGCUAAUAUAUGAACACGGAAUCACUUAGCAUUUAACCCUCUUUUUGUUUGUUCUGCUCCGUUUUGGUUCAUUGUCAUAUUUCGCCGAAAUGUCAUCUGAUGGGCAUUUGUUUGUGCCAUUAGACUAUAGCACUUCGUGCUUAUCCCGGAAUUGGACUGGAAAAUACACUGAAUCAAAACUUCCUUUUGGUUCAUUGCACGUAUGCCCCCCCCCCCCCCCCCCCCCCCCCCCCACACACACACAAAAUGCUGAAAAAGAGGUGUUUGAACGUUGUACCUGUGAAAUUCAUGACAUCUUUAUGGAGUCCACAUGGUCCGCUUGUAUUUUUUAGUUGCAGCUUGAAAAUGGUGGUGCAUGUAAAUUAAACAAACUAAUCACAAGGUUACUUGAGUUGGUGUAUGGACUCAACUGUCACCAGAUGCAUAAAUGUAUUUUAGGCCUUCCCUCUCCCCGAUGAAUUUUAAGUUGCGGCUGCUAUUGUCCUGUUCUGCAUAAAUGUAUUAUUGCUAUUCACUGCAGAUCUACAAACGCCGUGUUCGUUUGAGAGAAGCUGAUUCUGCCUUAUUUUUUAUAAGCUGUGCUGUUUAGCAGCCUAACUUUUCUUAAUGAUUUUUAUUGUAUCUGAUGUGGAUCAAGUGUAUCUUUUUUUAAAUUUCAUUAUAGUUCUGAUUGGCCAUAUAUAAAAAAAAACACUGCAGAAUCAUCGAUGAUUAUAGGUGACUUCAACUUAAUCUGCAGACCAGAAAACAGAAACAAACCAGGUGGGAAUAUGCAGUUGAUGAGGAAUUCAACUCUGCAAUCAGCCAACUCGGUGUCCAGAGGGUUCCUUUGAAAGGGUAAGCAUACACACGGUCUAACAUGCAGCAUCUUUUUCUAGAAAAGUUUGAUUGGUGCUUUGUAUCCCAACAAUGGUCGAUACGAUUCCCUGGGACUAAAGCUAAAACUCUAACAAGAGAUAUCUCGGAUCAUGUACCAUGAAUUAUCUCGGUAAAAACAAGAGUUUCAAAGCCUCAAAUCUUUAAAUUCGAGAAUAUCUGGUUAUACUACGAAGGUUUUCAUUCGGUCAUCCAAUCAGCCUGGAAUCAACCGAUACAACACCAUGUUACAGAUGCAUUUGUGGGGCAGACUUAUACUAGGAGGCAGCAGAGGGAGAGCCAGAUCCAGACCCGGGGCAGUGAAGCCAGCAGCUCUGCUCUAGCAGAUAAGUCUGCUGCAGAUAAUUCCUAAGUUCCAGCAGAUAAUUCUUAAGUUCCAGCAGAUAAGGAUUAGCUAAAUAAUAGCUUAGGUUGUUAGCUAGAUAAUAGCAGGGAGUUGUUAGCUAAAUAAUAGCUGGGUUGUUAGCUAGAUAAUAGCAGGGAGUUGUUAGCUAAAUAAUAGCAGGGAGUUGUUAAGCAAGUUUAUCUCUUAUCAGUUGAUGCCGACCCUGGUCUAUAAAGGGGAAGCAGUAGCAUGUAACUAGGCAUCGAAGGAAAUACAAUCUCCCUGUGGGGCGAUUACCUCGGUCACCCUGGCCGACGGUGAUCUUGCUCCUGCUUCUUCC